UAAAGCAUAAAGUCAAAUAAAACGCAUAUGCUUAGCAUAAGUGGUGUGCAUAAAUGUUGCAUGCAUGUAAUGCACUAGGUGUCGCUCGUUCAAUAAACAGGCCGAAACAACAGCAGUAGCUGAAACCGAAAAGCCAACAACAACAGAACGCAUAACUAUGUCAUUUGUUGGCGGUGGGGUGGUGGGCGGUGGCACCGAUGUGCACAAAUUUGUUGAGGCCCUUCAGGCAGACUUCAAGACUCUCUCACUUGAAACCAAGAAGAAGUAUCCGCAAAUAAAAGAGGCAUGCGAGGAGGCAAUUUCCAAGCUGUCCACCGCUGGGAGCAGCCAGCAAAAUUCGGUUUACUACACCGUCAAUCAGAUACUCUAUCCGCUUGUGCAGGGCUGCGAAACCAAAGACUUGAAAAUAAUCAAGUUCUGUCUGGGCAUGAUGCAGCGGCUGAUUACACAGCAGGUGGUGGAUCAGAAGGGUUCACUGUAUAUAACCAAUGCAUUGUGGACCCUGAUGGAGCACAACAUUGAGGAGGUUAAAGUGCUGCAGACAGUAACGCUGCUGCUGACCACCAAUCUGGUGGUGCAUGGUGAUACUCUGGCCAAGGCAUUGGUUCUCUGCUUUCGUUUGCAUUACACCAAGAAUCCAACGAUUGUGAAUACUGCUGGUGCCACAAUAAGACAGCUUGUUUCGCUGGUCUUUGAGCGUGUUUAUCUCGAAAAGGAUUCGUUGCCCAGUCUACAGCAACAGCAACUGUUGCAACAGCAGCAGCAUCACCAGCAGCAGCAGCAGCAGCAACAACAACAACAAUCCGGUUCGAGCAGUCCCGAUGCGGAUAGCAAUAGCACACAGGAUGGCCAGACGUAUGCCAUGGACGCAUUUCAUCUGUUUCAGGAUCUGGUGCAGCUGGUCAACGCUGAGCAGCCCUACUGGCUUCUCGGCAUGACUGAAAUGACGCGCACCUUUGGCCUCGAACUGCUCGAAGCGGUCCUCAGCAAUUUCAGUGCAGUAUUUCAUGAGAAUCAAGAGUUCCGUUUGCUGUUGAAGGAACGCGUUUGUGCCUUGGUCAUUAAGCUAUUCUCGCCGAAUGUGAAACAUCGCCAGUUGCCAGCACCGAGCAAUGGCACCGCCACCGUUCCAGCGGAUAAACCUUACUUUCCCAUAAGUAUGCGUCUGCUGCGUCUGGUGGCGAUUUUAAUACAAAAGUAUCACACGAUAUUGGUAACGGAAUGUGAGAUCUUUCUGUCGCUGAUCAUCAAAUUUCUGGAUCCGGAUAAGCCGUACUGGCAGCGUGCUUUGGCCUUGGAGGUGAUACACAAGCUGGUCACACGCUCCUCGCUGAUUGCGUUCUUCUGCAAGUCGUACGAUCUGAAGAAUCAUGCCACGCACAUUGUGCAUGAUAUGAUUGCUGCCAUGGGCAGCUAUGUGCGUUAUGCAUUGAUCAAUGCGUCGGCGGUUCUCAAUUCAAAUGGGGGACAACAGACAAUUGGCGGCGCUGGACAACAGACAACGAGCACGCUGACAGCGCUGGCCAGCGGUGGCAAUAAUCAGUGUGGUUUUAUGUUCCGUGGCGCCUAUUUGCCACUGUUGGCCUGCUUUGCGCCGGGCCUGUCGAAGGCUGUUUACUUGGAAUUGCUGGAUAAACUGGAUGCACCAAAUAUACCCGAUAGCUAUGGCAUUUCACUGGCUUAUGCCAUUUUGUUGGAAAUGACUUGCUCGAUUGGCGGCGUUAUACAGCGUACACCGGAAUUGCAUCCGACACACAAUACGGCUGUGAUUAGCGACGAGGAGCACAAGCCGUUAUGCCUGCAACUGAUCAAUUCCAGCUGGUCUGGCCUGCUCAGCGCAUUCAUUCCGCUUGUGGAAACGUCCAUCGAUGAGGCAACCACCGAGAACAUACUGAAGUCCAUGCAAAACUAUGCAGCACUCUGUGGCAAGCUGGAUCAAUUGCAGCCGCGUGAUGCCUUCAUAAUGGCCAUGUGUCGCGCCUCGUUCCCACCACACUAUGCCAUGUCCAUAUUUGCCAACAAUGCCCAAUCCGAUGCAGAUCUCAGAUGUCACACUCGCAGCGGCAGUCAGGAUCUGAGCAAUCAGUUCAUAAACAGUUGCAACGCCGAUGGCGGCGAUUUUCGGCCACAGAUUGUGGCAGUUGGAACACCGCUGCCGAGUGCCUCGUUGCCCCACAGCGUGAUGCAGGCACCCGUGAUGCUGACCAACAAGAAUUUGCAGUGUAUGCGUGCGAUUCUGCAGUUGGCGCAAAACAAUGGCAGCAUACUGGGCACCUCGUGGCACAUGGUGUUGCAAACGUUGCAGCAUUUAGUCUGGAUACUGGGCCUCAAACCCUCCACCGGUGGCAGUCUGCAGGUGAUGCCGAAGCCUGUCGUCGACUUCAAUGUGGGCAUACAGACGGCAGUUAUGGCCGAUCUGCCGGUGUUGUCACAGAUGAUUGGUCAACUCUUCGAAUCGAGUCAGUAUUUGGAUGAUGUGGCCCUGCAUCACCUAAUCGAUGCACUCUGCAAACUCUCCCACGAGGCCAUGGAACUGGCCUAUGCCAAUCGUGAACCGUCGCUCUUUGCUGUCGCCAAACUCAUGGAAACGGGCCUGGUUAAUAUGCCACGCAUCGAGGUGCUCUGGCGUCCACUCACCAAUCAUCUGCUCGAGGUUUGUCAGCAUCGGCACAUACGCAUGCGCGAAUGGGGCGUCGAGGCCAUCACUUAUCUGGUCAAGUCGGCGCUGCAAUUCAAGCACAAGCAGCCCCUCAAAGAGAAUCUGGAAUUGCAAACGAUGCUGCUGAGUCCACUGUCCGAAUUGUCAAGCGUAUUGCAUGCGGAUGUGCGUCAGCGUCAAUUGGAUUGUGUGCUGCAGAUCCUUAAUACGGCUGGUGAGAUUCUCUCGUUUGGCUGGCCCGCCAUCAUUGAGAUCAUUGGCGCCGUCAAUGAUCAUCAUGGUGAGCCGCUGAUACGCACCGCAUUCCAGUGCCUGCAGCUUGUCAUCACCGAUUUUCUCACCGUCAUGCCCUGGCGCUGUCUGCCCUUGUGCAUUAGCACAGCGGCCAAGUUUGGCUCCCAAACCCAAGAGUUGAAUAUCUCACUAACAGCGAUUGGACUUAUGUGGAACAUCUCGGACUUUUUCAAUCAAAAUCAAGAGAAAUUAAUGUCCACACAGCUGGAGGAUGUGACCAUCUUGCCGGACUUUCCGGGUACAGUCAAAAUGCCACAAUUCGACAAGCUGUGGAUGUGUCUGUAUGCCAAACUGGGUGAAUUGUGCGUCGACUUGCGACCCGCUGUACGCAAAUCGGCUGGCCAAACACUCUUCUCCACAAUUGCCGCACAUGGCAGCCUGCUAAAUCCACCCACAUGGCAGGCGCUCGUUUGGCAGGUGCUCUUCCCCCUGCUCGACAAUGUGCGCGCGCUGAGCAGCUCGGCCAGCAAUGAGAAGGUGGAUGCCAGUGGCAACAUUCUAAUCCAUCAUUCACGCAACACAGCCCAGAAGCAAUGGGCCGAGACGCAGGUGCUGACCCUCUCGGGUGUUUGCCGGGUGUUCAACACCAAGCGUGAGCUACUCCAAAUGCUGGGUGAUUUUGAGCGUGCCUGGUCCUUGAUACUCGAAUUCAUACAGAAUGCGGCGCUCAGCAAGAAUGGCGAAGUGUCCUUGGCGGCACUCAAAUCACUGCAGGAGAUCAUGUAUCACAAUAGCACGGAGCGUGGACUUAAGGACGGGCAGACGGCACAGCAGCAGGAGGAUGAAAUCUGGACGAUUGCCUGGAACAUUUGGCUAAGUAUUGGCAUGGAGAGCACCAAAAUGUCGGCGAGCACACGGCAAUUGUUGCCCGGCGGCAAUGAUGGUCAAGAAGAUUUCUACAUUCCCAGUCAGGCAUUUCUCACGGCACUCAUACAGAUAUUUCCCGCCAUUUUCCAGCACAUUCAAGACAGAUUCAGUGCAGCGGACUUUGACAAGUUCUGCACGGUGUUGACGAAUGCGGUUUGUAUACCGGUGCAAACGGAUGCCGUUCCUUACAUAAUGUCCACCGUGUCGGAUACGCUGCUGACGCCACUGCACGAUGGCAUACUCGAGUGCAUGGAGCUGAUACAGAAGGAGGCGACCAGACCAGAGACGGACACGAGUACGAGUAUAAGCCAACUGAUACCCGCCAUCUUUCGCCAAUUGUUGAUCUUUAGCAAGUUUGCGUGUGCACCGCCCACAUUCCAGCAGAGCGUCGUCGAGCAUAAUAAAUAUGGCAAGACGAGCAAUCAUUAUGGCAACAAUGCAUCCAUCGAGGUGGUCAGCAUGAACUACAUACCGUUUGGCGAGAAAUCGAUUAGCAUUUGCGUGAAGCUAUACCAAAGCACGGCCACCGAGGAGCCGGUGGUGCAGGAGCAGAUACUGCACGAUAUUAUCAAGGCGCUGCGCACCCCACUGGCCAUGAAAUACAAGUGUCUCUCGUCCAGCACCUGGAAGCUGGCCAUCUCCAGUUUGAUCAGUGUGCUGCAUACGGGUUUGAAGGUGGCACGUGCCAAACCGCAACAUUUUGCCAGCCUCUGGGAUGAUUUGGCCGAUACACUGGACAAGUUUCUUUUUCCCGUCAGCGUGUGCACAAUCGAGGAUCGUGGUCUCGAGGAGAUCGUUUUAGAUGAGACCAUCGAUUGUCAGGUGAUUGAGCUGCUGCGCGAUGAGGUGCUCCCGUUUGCCCAUGAGAUGCCACACCAGUUCAUCAUGCAGAUUGUUGUGCUGCUGAACAAGGGUUCCAUACACUCCGCCUCCGAUAGCAACAUCUGCUACGAAUCGGAUUGGAAGCUGCGCGAAAUCUUUGCCAAAACAUGUUUUGAAACGCUGUUGCAGUUCUCGCUGCUCGAGGAUCAGGCAACGGCUACCGCCUCCAAUAAUAAUCGGCUCAAUGCCAACUUGCUGCCCACGGGCACCGCUGGCAUUGUUAACAAGGACUUUGCCGGCCGAUUGGCAGUCACGGCGCUCCUGCAUCGCUUCCAGGAGGUUCUCAAGCGGUUUAACGAUGAUGAGCGCCAAAGUGGCAAGUGCCCGUUGCCCAGAUUCCGCCUAUCGGAAAUCUCAUUUGUGCUCAAGGCCAUUGCCACACUUGUGGUCUCCAUGAAGAAAGCACCAGCAUCCAAAGUCAAUAAGCCAGCGUGGGAUUUGCUGAUUGGUCUGUAUCCGUAUUUGGUGGACUGCACCACAACCACAUCGCCGGAAGUGUCUCGUUCGCUGCGCGAGGCACUGCUGCAAUACACGGAUCUUCUGCAGGCGCCACGCACCCUCAAUGACAAUGCGAUACAAUCGAAUGGGCAGCAGUGAAUUGAAGGGUAAUCGAGUGUGUGGUAUUCGUUUUUAAGUUGAUUAAGCCAACGUCCUUUUGAAUACAUAUAUAUAUUUAUAUAAACGUACAUAUUUAUUUUGUUCUGUGCAUAGGUUUACACAAAAAAAAAAAGAAAGGAAAUCUAAAACAAUGUUAUGUAUGAUCUAUCUGCUUAUAGCCACUUUCCCCUCCCCGAGUCCCUUAUAUACAUUUAUAUUUGUAAAAGUAUUGUAGUACGGCUAAUAAGAAAUAAGUAUAUUAUUAUCUACCAAGAGUUUACAAUUAAAGCUGUCAAGAGCUGCACGGCUCGAUAAGAUAAGAUGGCACCAUGCAAAAAAAAAAAGCAAAAAAACUAAAAAAAAAAAAAGCAAGCAAAAAAAUCUUGUAACCCACUAUGCAGCUUUAUCUGGCAGAAAAAGACAGAAACAAAUAUUUCUUUAGUACCUUUAUGAGACGCUGUUUACUGAUAUGAUAUGAUAUAAUAUGAUAUGAUAACAACACAUUGAGAGCUGUGCGUAUAGCGCAUUUUAAACAACCUUGCGUGUUAUCUAAAACAAAUAUUAACACUUAUUCAUGAUGCAACAACUUUGUAGUGACGUUUUUAAAUAAAGCAAAAAUUAUUAUUAUUAA